AUGAAUGUGCACCUCUUUGGAGCUGCCUCUUCGCCCGGGUGCGCAAAUUUUGGAUUGAAGCAGAUAGCAACCAACAUGGCAGAUGAAAUAAGUCAAGAUGCAGCCAAGUUCAUCCAACGAGACUUUUACGUCGAUGAUGGGCUUAAGGCAGUAGAAACAGAAGAAGAGGCCAUCGAUCUGAUCUCAAAGACCAAGAAGAUAUGUGGACAUGGUGGUCUUCAUGUUCACAAAGUUGUCUCCAACUCAAGGAAAGUGCUAGAUUCAGUUCCAAAGGAAGAUAGAGCUAAAGAAGUGAAAGAAUUGAAUCUUCUACUCGAUCACCUGCCUGUCGAGAAAGCUUUAGGGGUGCAAUGGUGUGUCGAGUCUGAUACUUUCCGCUUUAGGGUGACCUUCCAAGACAAGCCUUUGACUAGGAGAGGUGUGCUGUCAACCGUGAUGUCUGUGUACGACCCUCUUGGAUUGUUAGCCCCAUUGCUGCUUCCUGGCAAGAUAAUACUUCAGGAUCUUUGUAGAACUUCUGCCGCUUGGGACGACCCCCUUCCAGACCUACUUCAAGACAGGUGGAAUAAGUGGAAAACAGACAUUCUCCAACUCGAAAGGGUCUCCGUUGACAGGUGUUACAAGCCGGAAGACUUUGGGGAAGUCAAGAAUGUCGAGCUACACCACUUCUGUGAUGCGAGCAACCUUGGUUAUGGUCAUUGUACUUACCUGAGAAUGAUUAAUGGAAGGGGAAAAGUACAUUGUACGCUUGUGUUGGGCAAAUCCAGAGUGUCACCAAUCAAGACAGUCACAGUACCAAGGCUGGAACUGACUGCAGCUGUUCUGUCAGUGAAGAUGAGCGCCUUUCUUCAAGCUGAGCUAGACCUCAAAAUUGAUAGGGAGGUCUUUUGGACUGAUAGCCGAGUGGUGCUAGGCUAUAUCAAGAACGAGACAAGGCGUUAUCAUGUCUUUGUUGCAAAUAGAGUCCGCCAAAUUAGAGAUGAAUCAUCACCCAAUCAAUGGAGGCACGUCAACACACAAGAUAAUCCAGCUGAUGCCCCAUCAAGAGGACUCACGGUCGAUCAGCUUGAAGCAUCAAAGUGGUUCAUGGGUCCAGACUUCAUUUGGGAAAGCGAAAUUCCGGAAGAAACUGAGGAAGAAGCUACAGUCAUUCCUAAAGAUCCUGAAGUGAAAAGCAACACCCAUGCCUCAGUAAAAGGGGUAGAUGAGUUCGAGUUAAAGCGAUUUGAUCACCUCUCUAGUUGGUAUCGAGCGAAGAGAGCUGUGGCGAACUGCCUCCGUCUCAAAUCAUACCUACAGAAAUGCUGCCAAGCAAGAGGAGAUGGGAAUGACGUCAAGAAAGUUGUGAUGGAACCUCUGACUACCGAACAACUUCUUCAUGCAGAGAAGGAAAUCAUAAGACUGAUUCAGAGGAGGACAUUUGAUGAAGCGAAAUCAUCAGAGAUCAGCAAGCCUCACAACGAAAGAGAAAGAAGGCGUCAUUACAAGGAGACCAGUCGCUUGUAUCCUCUUGACCCAUUUAUAGAUGAUGAUGAUGGCAUCCUUAGAGUUGGAGGACGUUUGAGGAGAUCUGACCUCUCAUUUGAAAGCAAACAUCCUGUCAUCCUCCCUCAAACUCACCUGACCAUCUCAAUUGUACUUCAGCGUCAUAAUGAAUUCUGGUGUCGAUGGAAGAAGGAGUUUCUUUGUCAGCUUCAGUCGCGACAGAAGUGGACCAAGCCACAUCGCAUCAUGAAAAUAGGAGAUGUAGUAAUUAUUAAAGACGAUAACACUCCUCGCAAUGUUUGGCCUCUUGGAAGAAUCGUUGAACUGUAUCAAUCAAAGGAUGACUACAUUCGUAAGGUUAGGGUCAUGGUAGGAGACAGAAAAUUAGACAAUGUGGGAAAACGAAGUAACCCAGUGACUUACCUUGAUCGUCCCAUCCACAAGCUAGUUCUUCUUCUUCCGAGUGAAGACCAGGAAUAA